UGUCAAUGCUGUUUAUGGUGUGCACACACUUGGCUGCAUCAUAUCAAAGGCACCUGGUGGUUAAUUAAUCUACCAGCUUACCUGACUACACAAUCUCACAAUACAUCUUUUAAAUUGGCCUGUUUUUACUUAAACGCGCCAAAUGUCAUGGCAUAUAGAGGAAGACGACAACUCUCCCUUCCAGAUCACAAGGAUAGACAUGUGCCCAACAACAUGGACCAGCUUGCUUUCAAAUACAUGUGUGAACUGGAGUGACCUCUGUUCUCUGUCAGGAGAUGUGUAAAGUGGAGUCCAGCACCGAUUCUGACUCAGAGAUCAGUCCAAGAUGGUCGGACACCAGCACUAUGCAGGGAUGUGUGAGCAGUACACCAGAAAGCGGGACCUUUCGGCGGACACUGCCGUUAAAACACAAGCCCGCAGGAAGGCACGGCUGUUAUUCUUUAUUUCUGGACCCAUACGACGGGAGCUCUGAGGAUUCUGACGAGUCAAACAUCGAUGUGGGUGUCUCCGGCAGGCGAACGAGACAGCAGGGAACAGGGGGAGGAGGAGGAGGAGGAGGAGGAGGAUGCUGUCGGUUCUCGGCGAGGAGCAGGAGAUUUAUCCUCCAUCACCCUGCUUCUGUUGCCCCCAGAGAAGUGGUGAAAAAUGGGAUGAGAGAUCCUGUAACAGAGCAGCAACAUCCUAUGGAUGUCCAGAUGAAAUGUGGAAGUGACUCUGAUCUGUGUGACAUUAUGCCCUUGCACAGUGGUUGUAGAGAUCUCACAGAGGAAAUGGCCAAUGAUUCAACAAUACACACCCAAACCAUGGAUGUAGAAUUGCAUUACCAAUUUGAUGAUUCAGGCUUGCACACUACAAGAUCCUCCACACCUCACACACCUGGACCUGUAACCCCAGUGGAAGGGAGUUCGUCCCAGAUGCUGGAUCGGUCCUCUGAGAGAUCCCACUGCCCCUUUGACCCCAGAUCGCGUCACAAGAGAAAGCUGGGUUUCCCUGGAGCUGAAGUGGUGGAGCCGGGGCAAAGAAAGAGGCAGUGUGUUGUCAACAUGGAGUACAAACAAGAAGAAAGGGACUCUGCAUUUGAACCAUGUUAGAGCCAUCCAAUCAUGGACUGACAGACUGAAGUACUGCAGUCAUA